AAAUGCUAAUACAAAGGGAAACAAUGUUAUCCGCGAUUGGAGAAAGAUUGUAAUACAGAAUAAAUACCGGUGAAGGAGAACACACCAUCGAGAAAUCCCAAAAUUGUAUUCCUACAUCAUGGUGAAGAUUUUUGUUGGUGGAGUGUCACCGUCAGCUUCACCAGAGGAACUAAAGAAACUCUUUGAAAGGUAUGGGCAGGUAAAUGAAUGUGACAUCCUCAAAAACUAUGCCUUUGUCCACAUGGAACGGGAGCAAGAUGCCCACCGUGCCAUAGGCGAGCUGCACAAACAGGAAUUCUAUGGCUCCCACCUCACAGUGGAAUAUGCUACGUCAAAGAUACGCAAUGCUACAAAAAUAUAUGUUGGAAAUGUCUCAAGCCGUGCCACUACCUCCCAAGUAAAGGAGCUGUUUGAGAAGUUCGGCAAGGUGGUUGAAUGUGACAUUGUCAAAAACUAUGCCUUUGUACACAUGGCAAAAGAGAGGGAAGCCAUGGAUGCCAUUUUGCACCUUAACGACACUCCUCUUGCAGACCAGAAAAUAUUUGUCACACUUUCCAAAAGCAACAAUGCUCCCAAGAGUUCCAAAAUGGCAUCAGCAAUAGUGGCUGCUUCGUCACCUGCCCCUCCUCCGCCACCCCCUCCACCGCCUCCUGCUUAUUACUUCCAUCGUGGACGACUACCACCACCUCCAACCCCUUUCUCGCCCUACGCACCACGUUCUUGGUAUGAGAGGGAAUACUAUGAGAGAUAUACUUAUGACUUCUAUGAUAGGAGUACACUUGGAGCUCGUGCUGCAUAUGACAGGGCCUUAGCUCCUGCUGCUGUUAUGGCUGCUGCCGCAGCAGCUCUACCCACUGCCCCCGUUGCCCCUGCACCGCCAACUCCAGCAUCUCUUAGCGCAGCCCUGGCUCCUGCAGCAUAUAGGGACAGAAGCCCUGUGGGGAGGAGAACAGCAGCAGCAGCGGCAGCAGUUAUGGCACAAUAUGCUGAUCCAUAUGGAGCAUCCCAAGCCUAUAGUCAGACCUACAGCCAAGCCUACGCCUCUGCUUUCUCUCAAUAUAGCAUGGGAGCAGCGGCAUACAGCCCCGCAGAGUACUACGAGAAAUACGCUAACGGGUAUGCAGGCCAGUACAGCCAAACCUAUUAAGCCUCACUGAUCUUUGACACAAGGAGCCCACAAUUUCCUUUUACACUUGGCUUGUUUGUUUUCUCUACAUAGAGUCUGCAACAGUAUGGAAGUAAUUUUCAUUAGUAAACUGAAUGUACUAGACCUCAGUGAAUACAAAAGAAAGUAGCAAAGGGGAGGAUACAGUUGGUGCUACCUUAAAAAUCUAUAGGCAUACCAUACUGUUUAAACUGAUUAUCUUGCUUGCGGGUCAUUGGAACACGGAGCAAAGAUAACGUCCCCAUAAUGAAAAUAUAAGAUCGUAAAAAUUAAAAAAAUUAGGGAAAUAGAAAACCAUUGUUUAUUUGGCUCUGAGAAAAGCCAUACUGAAUAUAUUAUCAGAGUUAUAAAACCAUGUAUGAGAUGUUUGUCUAGAAGUUUAUGAUGGUAACUACAACAAGACAAUAAUAUCCGAGAUGAAUCGUACAUUUGAUAUAUUUCAGUAAUAUACACUUUAGAUUAAUAUAGAUGUCAUAUUUAGUUGCUCAUUUAUGCUGGGUUAUUCACACAACACGGAAAAUUAAUUUUAGGAACUGCUCAGAGAAAAAAAUUCAAGUCAAAACAGCAAAGCUGGAAAAAUAGCUGAGAUUUUUAUUUUUUUGUCUAAAUUCCCUGGUUAAUACAUCACAAAACUAUAAUUUUGCUAACAUGUAUACUGACACUGUUCACAUGACUGAUUUGCGGGUGAAUACAAGCAGGAAUAUAAUUUAAACAGAAAAAAAUAAUAUAACAUUUUUAUGGUAGUGCCCCUUA